CUCCCUUCAGCCGAGGGAAUCUAGCUGCGACCUUGCUGGUUCGGAAAGAAAAUAAUUGAAGUGCUCUUAGUGGGUUUAACUCGUUCUUAUGGCGUUGUUUUGCGUAAAUAGGUAUUUGGGAGAUGAAGAAAAUUACAGUACAGCUUCAGAACGAUCACAGAUCUUGCUGCAGAAGUUACACGAGAAGGCAAAGACAAGGGAACAGCAAGCCACAGUAAAAAAAGAUUCAUUGCAAUCUAAAAGGAAAGGACCAAAGCAUGAUAGGGUCUGCCCAGGGAGCAGUUUCCAUUCAGAGAGUCCUCCAAGGACUGAAAAUAAGAAGAGAGAGUCUGAACAAAAGGACAGCUUAAGUGCAAAAAUACCCAGAAGGAGAAAAGUUAGUUCAUUUGAUGAUUCUGAAUCACUUGCAGGAUUAAAACAAGACAUUAACACAUCCAGUGGAAUUAACCAAUCGGAUAGCGAGUUUACAGUAAAGCAACAUAAGACAGAAAAAGGCAGAAGAGUGUCUACAGGUUUACAGAACAAUGGGGAAGGUGCUUCAGAAAGUAGCGGAGAAGAGGAGGAACUGUCUGACUCUGAAAUUGUAAGUGACCAGGUAGGAACGGCUGGCGUACAUCUAGAUGAAAUUUCAGAUGAUGCUGCAAGUGACCUAGAAGAGGAACAGACUGAUGAUCUGCAUGAAAAAGAUACCGAGACAGAGGAGCUUCCUCAGUCCACACUAACAAUUCUUGGAGGGUUUGAGAAGAAAACUGUACAGAAGGUUCACAGAAUUCUUCCACAGUGGUUGUCUCAACCCAGUCUUGUCCAGCGGGACAUUAAGCAGAAUCUGGUUCCAAUCCAUGAUAUUCCAGGCAUCCAUCCUAAACUGCUGAAGAAGCUGCAGGCAAAUGGAAUUCAGUCAUUUUUUCCAGUUCAGGCAGAGGUAAUCCCAGCUGUUUUGGCAACUCUGAGCAGUGGUUUCUUGAAUGGCAGAGGAGGAUACCGACCAAGUGAUAUCUGUGUCUCGGCACCCACUGGCAGUGGCAAAACUUUGGCAUUUGUUAUUCCUGUUGUACAGGCUUUGAUGGACAGGACAGUGUGCCAGGUUCGAGCACUGGCGAUGCUACCUACCAAGGAGCUUGCUCAGCAGGUGUGCAAGGUGUUUAACAUUUACACUGAUGGUACUGGCCUGAAGGUUGCCUUGGUGACUGGACACAAGUCUUUUGCAGUGGAGCAGAAGCUCCUAGUGCAAGAAACAAUAACAGGAACUCGAAGUCUAGCGGAUAUAGUUGUGGCAACUCCAGGACGUCUUGUAGAUCAUAUUAAUAAAACUCAGGGAUUCAGCUUACAUCACCUUCGUUUCCUGGUUAUUGAUGAGGCAGAUCGCAUGAUUGACAGCAUGCAUCAGGAUUGGUUGCGCCAGGCAGAGAAGGCAGUGUAUCAUAUGGAGGACAGCUCCGAUACUCCUUCUCUGUUCAGGAGGACAGAGCCAGGACCUGUAACAGCAGCAAGCACAUGCUGGCCACAGAUGCCUCUGCAAAAGCUGCUGUUCUCUGCCACCCUCACCAGGAAUCCUGAGAAAUUACAGCAACUGGGCCUUUACCUGCCCCGACUUUUCACAUCUGCCUACAUGGAACGGAAUGAAACAAAAGAUGGACAGGAUCCUUCAGCAAAUGAGCCUCGGACUGAAGAAGAGCUCAAAGAAAGCAGCUACACUCUCCCAGAGGGCCUGACAGAUUAUUUUGUGCCUUGCACUCUGAACAACAAGCCUCUUGUUUUAUUACAUUUCAUUGUCCGAAUGAAAUUCAGUCGAGUGUUGUGCUUCACUAACUCCAGGGAGGCCUCCCAUAGGCUGUAUAUAUUGGUACAACAUUUUGGUGGAGUUACAGCGGCUGAAUUUUCUUCUCGGCUGACUCCCAGUGAAAGGCAAAAGACACUGAAAGAGUUUGAACAAGGCAAAAUACAGCUCCUGAUUAGUACGGAUGCUGCAGCCAGAGGGAUUGAUAUCAAAGGAGUAAAAUGUGUCAUCAAUUAUGAUGCACCACAGUUUAUCAGAACAUACAUUCACAGGGUUGGUAGGACCGCUCGUGCAGGGACUGCAGGCUUGGCAUUUACACUGCUGUUGACUGUUCAGGAAAAUAAUUUUUUGCAGAUGUUGAGGGAUGCUGGGAGCCCUGGCCCACAAAGGCAGCUAGUGAAGGCAGAGUUCCUGAAGCCUCUAAUCGCAGGCUAUGAAAAUGCACUGGCUGAGCUCCAAAAGGUUAUCAAGGAUGAGAGAGCCAGGAAACGAGUAUGAACUCAUGUUGUGGUGAAAUAGCAGAGUAUGGGCAUGUCAUGCCAAAGCUGCCCUCUGGUGCAACACUCACUCUGGAGUUAGUGAUGCUGGUGCUGCUUCAAGCAAAACAGGUCAGAGGUCAGUGUAACAGCUGGGCUGUGAAAACUGAAGUGAAGGACAAGCAUUCUGCCCCACAGGAAACCUGAAAGCCAAGUCCAGAGAUGAUGGGUUCAGCCUACAGAGAGUUCCCAUGGUUAUCAGCACCACAGAGGCUUAACUGGUGUAUUUUUAAUAAUAUUGUGCAAUAAGUAUAGUUUGUAAGCUUAAAACACCUUUGGCACUUGUUGACCAUGGGCCUGUCAUUAGUCAUAAAUUUACAUCCAUUUUAUUAAUAUUUUUUAUGAAAAUAAACUGAGCCAUAUUGUUGUCUUUUU